CGGAGCAUCUGCCGGACGGACCAUGUCAGGAGACAAGCACUUUGUGGAUACGCACCGCACUGCGCUGAUCCAGAGAGUGAGCACGGUUCCACCUCUCCUGGACGAGCUGCUCGACAGGGGGAUUAUCAAACAAGAGGGUUACAACACCAUCAUGGCUCAAGCUACCAGCCAGGCAAGGAUGAGAGAGCUCUACACAGGGCCCCUGAAUGCCUGUGGCUCCAGCGGCAAAGAUAUUUUCUACAAAAUUCUUGAGAAAUUGGAGCCAUACCUCAUUUCAGACCUCAGGAAUAAUUAAUAAUGAGAUUAAAAA